UUUCACGUAACACAACAGGACUGAAACUCUCCGUGUUGUGUGUCUGUGGAAAUAAACAAUAGCUAGAACUACAACAACAGGCUAAUGCAGAUAGCUAAGUAAUACCCUACUUCUGAACUACACGUCUGCAUGCAAGAUUUCAAAUAACUUUUGCUUGGACAUGAAAGGCCAUGGCCAGCAGCAGUGCCUCCACCAGUGACCUAGACGAGGAGUUGCCUGUGUUUGACUUCCUCCAGCCUGGUCGACACAUCAGCCAAACCUCAAAGAGCAGCACAGAGAAGCCAGAUUUGGUCUACCUGGAUGAUUCUGAUGAAGGGGACGCAGCCAUCUCCUCCCUAGUGAGGGAUAAUGCAGGCAAAUGUACAGGAACAGCCGAUGUAACGAUGAUCAGCAGUGAUUCUGAUGACGAUGCGCCUUAUAUCCCUCUGGCACAGAGACUGAAAAAGAAACAGGACAAUGUGAUCAGUGCCUCCUCCGCUCUCACUAAUGGGAAAGAUUCUGAGCUGUGUUCGCCAUCCAAUUUGGCCAGCUUACAGCUCUCCUGCCAGUAUGGGUUUCCAGAGUCAGAGCCCCCGCUCGGCUUCCAUCAGGUGAGAACAGUGAGUCAGGGGGCCUCAGAUGGCCCAGAGGAGGUGGCAGCUCUCCCUCAGCACUGGCUGCCUCUGAAGCCUUUCUCCAGUGCAGGGAGCACAGACACCUCUCCUGCCAAGAGGAAACCUGCCAAGCGGACGGUGGAGGAGAUCCAGGCCUCCAGGGAAGAGGCUCUGAGGAGAAGACAAGCCAGGGUGAGACAGCAGAGGGACAAGGAGGUGCUUAGGCUGGAACAAGAAAGACAGAAAGCAGAGAGAAAAGCUCUAGCAGAGGCUGCCAAGGCCCUGAGGCCAGAGGAGUGUAUCAAGCACAUGGUGGUGGCUGUGGACCCAGCUCUCUUACAGCUAGAGGGAGGUGGGACUCUGCUGGCGUCGGUGCAGGCUCUGGGCUGCAGUUGUGCUAUAGAGAAGCAACCCCUCCCACGCAGUAUCAGCUGGAUGAGGAGGACUCCCAGUGCACAGCCAGAUGAUGGAGCGUGUGUCCCAGAGGUCCACGUUGUGAUGCAGAUGACUGUAGAUAACUUCAUCACACUGAUCUACAGCUACACUCAGGAAGAGAGGCACGGCCGCUCAGACUCUGGUCCCACUUUGACAUCAUGGGUGCAAGAGCAGCAGAGGCGUCACCCUGGCAAGAUCCUCAGCCUGGUGGUCAUCGACAUGGAGAAAUACUUCAGAUCCCAGAAAUCACAAAGCCAGAAGAGGUUUCGAGAGGCUGUCGCAAAUGAGGAGCAAGGGGGAGGGAAAGCGAGGAAGAGAAGGAGGAAUGGAGGAGCUGAGGUGCUACCUGAGGUGUCACGAGUUGAAGUGGAGGAGGCAGUGGUACAUCUCCAGCUUCACACUGGUGUCUCAGUCCGCUUCUUGUCAACAUGGAAGGACUUCUCGGAUCACAUCACUAUGACAACCAAAGCGGUGGCAGAGGCCCCUUUCAAGCGGGAGAGGGAGAAGACAGGCUUCUCCUUCCACCUGGAGAGUGAAUGGGCGGGGGGGCAGAGGGUGGAUAGAGCUGGUAAGGGCCUGCUGCAGGUGUGGAAGAGACAGAUCCAACAGUUCAACAGAGUCAGUCCAGAUAUGGCCUCAGCCAUUCUGGCAGCUUACCCCUCCCCACAGCUGCUAAAGAAGGCUUACAGUCUGUGCAGGACCGACCGUGAGAAGAUCUCCCUCCUGUCUGACCUGCUGAUCCGCAGAGGAGAAGGCGUGACCUCCACCACUCGGAGGGUCGGUCCGGAGCUUUCCAAACGCCUCUUCCUCAUGAUGAACUCCUGUGAUCCUGAGCAGACGCUGGACUCCACUGUCUGAAAUAUGAACUUUUUAUUAUUUCUAAUCUUGUUCGCAACAGCUUUGGGUCGUGGCUGUUUGUGUUCAAAACAUUGAAUUUGAUACUAUGUAGUUAGAAUUCUGCCCCUUUAAUGUCAUGUUUAUAUUAAA